UCUAAAUAAGCCAAAGAGACAAAAAAAACUAAAAUCUGGAAAGAAGGAAUCGAGCAUUUAGCAAGAGUUCACUUAAAAUUCAAAGAUCUGAGAUUUAAGUCAGUACCACAUUCCUGCUUCGCUAGACAGCAAAUAAGUCAUGAAAAUGAUGGAUUUCUCAACAAAUUUAUUGCUUCUUGAACAUUUUCUGUUUGGAUGUUUUCCAUUCAGUAAAUGAACCUCUUUUAAUUGUCAUUAUUCUGUUUGUCAGCCGUCAGCUCAAGCAUUACGUCCGCCACGCUAACCUCGUAGCUUCCAAAUUUGACGCAACUUUUUAGAAGCUAUUUCUAACGUUUAAGUUUUAAUCACGGCGAGGCCUCGCCUCAAACUAGACUUGCUCGACUCCGUCAUUUCUUGUGAUAAUUUAUUCAACAACAUAUCAUUUAAACCUGAAAUUUAAGGUAAUCACAAAUAAUCUUUUUGGUUUUAAUGGUCGCUACCACAGUUAAUGGUUUUACUUUUUGUCAUAUCUUUUGUUUAGAAACGACCGUUUUGUCACAUAAGCUGAUAGAAAAAAAGUUUGUAGCGGAGUGAUCUCAUCCUGUUCCUCUGCAACAACCAAUCAAAGGUUAUCAUUCUGAUUCCGGCUUUGAUCAACAGCUGUUUUUCUCUUUUCCAGACCAAUCGCUGCCGUGGGAGGUGCAACGCUGCUUUAAAAGAGGGCUCGUUUGAUAAACAUAAAGCAUUUUCGCCUGACUCCGAAUCACUCAGCACGUACGAGCGUCACACACUCAGAAACUGUUUUGAAUCUGCUGCUGGAGCCUCAUCCUGCUGCAGACCUGAUCGUCGUGGUUUCUGAGUUCUUCAGCAGUGGAACUAAAAUGAAGACCUUAAUCCAGUUUGUCUUCUGUCUCAUUACUGUGCUGAAGAUGACUGGGGCUGUAGAGAUAAUUUAUGCCCAGGUGGGUCAGACUGUUGCACUGAAUGCAAAGCAAGCCUCUGUAAACAGUUACUUUUACUGGACCUUUGGUUUGCAAGACGGCCCGCAGGUAGCCUGGAUGAACCCCCAUGGUGGAAAGCAGUUUGCUUCAGAGGAAAUCUGGAAAAAUAAGUUGUCCAUGCCUCUGAAUUCACUGACCAUAACAAACAUACAAGAAGAAAACUUUGGAGAUUUCUUCUGUAAAGUGACAAAGAUUACUAAAGUCAUCUCCGUCACUCACUUCAGGGUGGUCAAAGUCAGUGUCGACGUGACUGUACCAUCACCUGUGAUGCCCGGUGAACGUGUGACUCUGACCUGUAAGACUUCUCAAGAGCCACCCAAAAUAUUCUGGAUUGGUCCACUAGGAGAAAAAAUGACAACCAAUCAGGGAACAUAUACUAUGACAGCUGAAAGUCAACACAGCGGAGAGUGGACAUGCGUUGUAGAUCAAACAAACAAGUUCACCAUUCUAGUUGCCGUUGCAGACAUUUCCGCUCCUACAUAUCAGUACACUUCCAUAAACUCUCCCUUCAAAGUGCCGGUUUCUAUCAAGCCUACCAACUUUGUGCAACAAAUAAUACAAAAGAUCAAGAAAAUUGAGUGGCACUUUGUUCCAAAAGCGUCCUCCAGUCAGAGCCAAGAGACACUCUUCCGUAUAUCUGGGAAUGACCAGAUGAGAGAAGAACUGGACCAAAGAAACAUGGAGUUUAAAAACUUUACCAAAGAGGGAGAGGUUUCUCUGUACAAAGAAAAGGCAGAAGUAGAGGACAGAGGGAACUACAACUGCUCUGUAACAUUACGAAAUGGCUUUAUGAUGAGCAGCACUGUGCAAGUGGAGGUGCUGCAGAUCCUCCCCUCUCCAGGUGUAGAGUUGAUUUCUGGCCAUCAGCUGAACCUGUCCUGCUCCAUCGGUGCCCAGCUGCUGCCCGGUUUACACGUCAAAUGGUUCCAUCCUAAGAAAUCCACCCUGCUCAACGCGGAUCCUCCAUCUGACCAUCUCAUCAUCCCAAAAGUGAGCACAGAUGACUCCGGGACGUGGAGGUGUGCGCUGCUGCAGAACGACACGCAGCUGACGUCAGCUGAGAUAACGCUGAAGAUCGAUCCCCUCCUGAGUGCAUGGAUGGUGGUGACCAUAUGCAGCGCUGCUGUCAUCCUCAUCCUCCUCCUCGUAGUUGGAUUUGUCCUCUGUCAACGAAGACGACAGAGAUCGAGGCACAUCAGACAUCGACUCUGUCAGUGCAAACACCCAAAGCCCAAAGGAUUCUACAAGACCUGAAACCUUCCUGGGGGAAGUGUAGGACAUGAAAACCUGAUAAUGAAGCGUGGCUCUGGAGUUGGAUGGAUGAAGUCAUUAUCAAAUGACAUGUAAAAUAACUUUUACAGUUGUAUAUAUUUGUUACUUAGAGUUUUACAUGAGUUUUAGAAUAUUUCUUCACUUUAAAUUAGUUUAUCUUCUCCUCAUUUGUUAUUUUCCUUUUAAACUCCAUUUUAUAUUAAAGAGAUCCUUCAAUUUUAUUUUGAUGCAAAUGCAGUGGUCACUAGUAGGAAUGAAAGCCUUGUAAGUCGUACUGUGGGGGGGGGGGGGGGGGAAGCUCUGGUGUGCCUGUUUGAGGACAGUUUCAGACGUCAGGAUUUGGAAUCUUAUUUCCUGAUAGAUGGACAUCUCGCCUCUGAUUGGCUAACAGUCCCACGGCUCCACCAGUGACUCUGCUCUGCAAAGUUGAUGUUUUAUCUCCACAAAUACAACAAGCCUGGAGGAGUUCUGCUGUGUGGUGGAGUCGCUAACGCUAACAGUUGGCUUCUACUAGCCGAGACGUUCUGUGCGUUUUCCAGGAUGCUGAACAUACAACAGCUUUGCCCGUCAUGAGUCCGUGAAUGUUCAGUGACAGUGUGACGUAGAUCUGUCGGGCUUUAUUUUCUAUCAGAAGCUAAUGAAGGAGAUAGGUGUAGGAGACUAUUUUCAUGUUCAGCCUGCAUGUAAAAGUCAGAAUGACCAAUUAUUUAAAAAAAAAUUAAAAACCUCUUUAAAUUGCUCAUUCUUAUACAAAUAUUUGUUAUUUGUGUUUUCUUUUUCAGUUUUCACUCAAAUUUGGAGUUCUUCAAUUUAAAUAUUUAAUACAAAUUCAUGCAUUUUAUUUUUUUAAAUCCUUUGAACCCUUUUGAAUUCAGAAGUUG